AUGACAUCUAAACGGGUAGCUUUCAAAGUCCACGGCACUGUACAAGGUGUCGGCUUCCGUGAUUUUACUCAGAAAUGCGCGACGAGCUACGGCCUAAUAGGCUGGGCCCGGAACACUACCUGUGGACGUGUUGAAGGUGAAGUUCAGGGUGACGAUGAGACAAUCAAGAAGUUCAUACAACAGAUUGACAAAGGUCCUCGUAUGGCUCAUGUGGUGAAAUUAGAGAAACGUGACAUGGACCUACUUGAGGGCGAAGAUCAUUUCUCUGUACUGCGAACAGCAGAGUCCAGGUUUACUUCGAAGGCCUAG